AGGUGUUUCGAGAGGCGUCCGAGCUGCAGAGGAAAAUACGGAUUUGGACUAUAUCGUAAACGCUGAAUAUCUAUGUAAAUUACUCAAGCUAACUUUAUGACGCUGCGUUGCCUUCAUGUGAUUCCUUGGAGCUUCAAUCACUGUGUCAUUUUUUAAAGGAUGUAUUAUUGCUAACAUUUCGAAAAGGAGUAGGAUCGAGUUUCAACAGAAAUGGGGAAUUACAGUCUUUGGAUAUUUCUGUCAAUUUUAUAUCUGGCGCAAACUUGCGAAGGAUUGCACUGCGUGGAUACACUAAAACCGUGUGAAAAUGGAGGAAUGUGUGUCGAUUCAAGAUGCUUGUGUCGACCUGGUUAUAUUGGUUCGCUCUGUCAGCAUCUUGACCCCUGUCAUCGUUCGCCUUGUCUAAAUGGAGCUGCUUGCAAGAGCCAGGUGGCCAACGGAAUCCCACAGUACACCUGUGUGUGCCAGCGAGGGUUCAGAGGUCAGGACUGUUCCCUGAUUGAUGCAUGUGCCACAAAGCCCUGUGCCAACGGUGCCCGUUGUGCCAAUUGGAAUAAUCACUACAACUGCUCGUGCCCACCUGGGUAUCAGGGCAAGAACUGUCGCAAUGACAUUGAUGAGUGCCGCAAACCUGGAAAGUGCCUUAACGGUGGCAUCUGCAUGAACACACAUGGCUCAUUCCACUGUGAGUGCCUGGCUGGGUACAACGGGCGGACAUGUGAAGUGCCCACCCAGCCCUGUGCCCCCUCCCAGUGCCUCAAUGGAGGCACCUGCCAUCAGACCGGUGAUAACACCUACAAAUGUGCUUGCUUGCCAGGCUUCAGGGGACACAAUUGUGAGGAGAAUGUGGAUGACUGCCCUGGACACAAGUGCAUGAAUGGUGGGAUCUGUGUAGAUGGUGUCAACACAUACAACUGUCAGUGUCUGCCUGAGUGGACAGGCCAGUAUUGUGCUGAGGACGUCAACGAGUGUCUCAUGCAGCCCAAUGCUUGUCAUAAUGGUGGCACAUGCUUCAACACCAUUGGGGGACAUACAUGUGUGUGCGUCAAUGGCUGGACAGGGGACGACUGCAGUGAGAACAUUGACGACUGUGCCAUGGCUGUCUGCUUCAACGGAGCCACGUGUCAUGAUCGUGUGGCCUCCUUUUUCUGCGAGUGCCCAGUGGGCAAGACUGGUCUGCUAUGUCAUCUUGACGAUGCGUGUGUCAGUAACCCGUGCAAUGAAGGGGCUGUGUGUGACACUAACCCUCUGAAUGGCCGCGCCAUCUGCACCUGCCCUGCUGGCUUUGUUGGCGGAGCCUGCAACCAAGACAUGGAUGAAUGUUCCAUUGGUGCCAACCCCUGCGAGCAUUUUGGGAAGUGUGUAAACACAGAGGGCUCGUUUCAGUGCCAGUGUGGACGGGGCUACACUGGCCCUCGCUGCGAGAUUGAUAUCAACGAGUGCUUGUCCAUGCCCUGCCAAAACGAUGCCACCUGCCUGGACCGCAUCGGCGAGUUCACAUGCAUCUGUAUGCCUGGCUACCAGGGAACAUAUUGUGAAGUGGACAUCGAUGAAUGUGAGAGCAACCCCUGUGUCAAUGACGGCAUCUGUCGAGACAUGGUCAACGGGUUCACCUGCACCUGUCAGCCAGGGUUUACUGGCACCAUGUGUCAAACUGACAUUGAUGAGUGCGCUAGCACUCCCUGCCAGAAUGGAGCCAAGUGCAUUGACCGACCCAAUGGAUAUGAAUGCCGCUGCGCUGAAGGAUUUGAAGGUAGGCUGUGCGAGAGCAACAUCGAUAACUGCAAGCCUGACCCGUGCCACCAUGGCACUUGCAUUGAUGGCAUUGCCAGUUACUCUUGUAACUGUGAGCCUGGGUACACUGGCUACCGCUGCGAGAAUCAGCUCAAUGAGUGCCACAGCAACCCCUGCCAGAAUGGUGGCAAGUGUGUGGACCGGGUCAACAAAUACAUCUGCCAGUGUCAACAUGGCACCUCAGGCACCAACUGUGAAAUCAACUUUGAUGACUGUGCCAGCAACCCUUGUGACUAUGGCAUCUGCAAAGAUGGCAUAAACCACUAUGAGUGUGUCUGUAAACCUGGCUUUACUGGACCACAAUGUAAAGAUGAGAUUGAUGAGUGCCUUUCUAACCCCUGUCGUAACGGAGGCACCUGUGUUGACGAUGAGAAUGGCUUCCACUGCCAAUGCCCUGAAGGCUUCCACGACCCCUACUGCUACUCACAAGUGGAUGAGUGUGCCAGCAGCCCAUGUGUGCACGGCGCCUGCAGAGACGACCCCAAUGGGUAUCGCUGUGACUGUGAGCCUGGAUGGGUGGGGAAGAACUGUGACUUAGACCGAAACGACUGUUUGCCCAGCCCCUGCCAGAAUGCAGGCACCUGUUUCGACCAGCUCAAUGGCUUCACCUGCAAGUGUCGGCAGGGUUUCAGAGGUAACUUAUGUCAGGUGAACAUUAACGAGUGUGCAUCCAGCCCGUGCUUGAAUCAGGGCUCCUGUUUGGAUGGAGUGGCCAGUUUCACCUGUCUCUGUGAGCCACCUUAUAGUGGACCCACCUGUGCAGAAGUCCUGACACCAUGCUCGCCCAACCCCUGUGCCAACCACGCUUCCUGUGAGCACACGCCUGACUACCAGGGCUACCAGUGUAACUGCCAACCUGGAUGGCAGGGUCAGUUGUGUAACGUUGACAUAAAUGAAUGCGCCUCUAACCCGUGUAAGAACCGCGGGACAUGCACCAAUACUAUGGGUGGCUACGUGUGCUCCUGCCGUGCUGGCUACACCGGACCCAACUGUGAAACAGACAUCAACGACUGCUCACCAAACCCUUGUCUGAAUGGAGGCUCCUGUACAGAUGGUGUGAACUCUUUCCGCUGCAGCUGUCUGCCAGGCUUCACAGGGUCACGAUGCACUUCUGAGGUGAACGAGUGCCAGAGCACCCCCUGCAAAAAUGGAGGCACUUGCACAGACUAUGUCAACAGCUAUACAUGCUCCUGCAAACCAGGCUUCACAGGCCUCCUUUGCGAGAUCAACACACCAGACUGCACUGAGAGCUCCUGUUUUAAUGGAGGCACCUGCACUGAUGGGAUCAACGGCUUCAAAUGCACCUGCCGUUCGGGCUUCACUGGAGAUUACUGCCAGUACGAGGUGAAUGAGUGUGACUCUCAGCCGUGCCUCAACGGAGGAGUGUGUCAAGAUGCCCUGGAGUCAUAUCGCUGCUCCUGCCCCAAAGGCUUCACUGGCCCCCGUUGCCAGUAUCCAGUUGAUUGGUGCAGGCCCAAUAAUCCCUGCAAGAAUGGUGGCCGCUGCAGACAGAAAGAUACCUCCUUCACGUGUGAUUGUGUGAGCGGCUGGUCGGGUCGUUAUUGUGACAUCCCUGGAGUGUCAUGUGAAUUUGCCGCCAGACAGAGAGGUCUCCAGACAGAUCAGCUUUGCCUCCACGGUGGGCAUUGUGUCAACACUGGCAACACACACUACUGCAAAUGUCCCACAGACUACACAGGCAGUUACUGUGAGUCCCAGUUUGACCACUGUGGGAACAAACCAUGCCUCAAUGGUGCCACCUGCAGGAGUUACAUGGGAGGAUACACCUGUGAUUGUAUGCCUGGAUAUGAGGGGAAUGACUGUGAGCGAGAGAUCAAUGAGUGUCAGUCUCACCCAUGUCAGAAUGGAGGAACCUGCAUUGAUUUAGUGGGGCACUAUAUCUGCUCCUGCCCUCCAGGCACACUGGGGGUCCUCUGUGAGAUAAAUGAGGAUGACUGCGCGAUGCCCUCGUGGCCUCGAGGGAUGCCCAAGUGUCAAAACAACGGUACCUGUGUGGACAGGGUUGGAGGGUACAGGUGUAACUGCCCUCCAGGCUUCACUGGAGAGCGCUGUGAGGGAGACAUCAAUGAAUGCCUUUCCAACCCCUGCAACCCCUCCAACAGCCUGGACUGCAUCCAGUUGCCAAAUGAUUACCAGUGUGUAUGCAAGCCCGGCUUCACUGGGCGAGGAUGUCAGAAUAGAUUUGGUGGAUGUGAGGCUCAACCUUGUAAGAAUGCAGGCGCGUGCUCCACGUCCAGCAGCUCACCGCUGGGAUACUCUUGCACAUGUGAGCUUGGAUACACAGGUGCUAACUGUGAGAGGAGCAUGUCCUGCAGAGAGCUGCCCUGCUACAACGGUGGCAGCUGUACUCUCACCUCACGGGGCGCUCGCUGCACCUGUGUGCAGGGUUUUGCCGGGCCACAGUGUCAGCACCGUAGCAAUGAGGGCUGCUCCUCCAAGCCCUGCCGCAAUGGAGGCUUGUGCACAGAGGAAACCAGCUUCCCCUUCUUCCACUGCCAGUGCAUCAACGGCUGGACGGGUAAACGCUGCGAAAUGGAAAGCAGGCUGUUGGCACCAUCCCCUCCUGCCUGCCCUAUUUCCGAAUGCCACGGCAAGGCCAAUGAUGGCGUGUGUGACAAAGAGUGCAAUUCAUUUGCCUGCCGCUGGGAUGGAGGCGACUGCUCAUUGGCUGCGAACCCCUGGGCGCGCUGCGCAGACUCACGCUGUUGGCGCCUCUUCAACAACAGCCAGUGUGACGAGUUCUGCAACAAUGCAGAGUGCAUUUAUGAUAACUUUGACUGCAAGAACAAAGAGAAAGUCUGCAAUCCCAUCUAUGAGACAUACUGUACUGACCAUUACGCAGAUGGGCGCUGCGAUCAAGGCUGCAAUACUGAAGAGUGUGGCUGGGAUGGACUAGAUUGUGCAGCCAAGAUACCGGAAGACCUCGCGGAAGGCGUGUUGGUUAUUGUAGUCCUCCUGCCUCCAGAGGAGCUGCUGAGGACACAAACAGCUUUCUUGCAGAAGUUAAGCGCCAUCCUGCGCACUACAUUGCGUUUCCGCCUUGACCAUAAUGGAGAAUACAUGAUCCGGCCAUACAAAGGCCAUGAGGCACGCCUGAAACGGGAGCUUCUAAGUCAGCAGGAGGUCAUUGGGUCGAUUGUAUACUUGGAGAUAGACAACAGGCUAUGCUCGCAAGGAUCAGAUGACUGUUUCCGCACUGCAGACAGUGCUGCCGAAUACCUGGGUGCCCUGUCUGCACGGGAGAUGUUGCGUUUCCCGUACCCCCUUAAAGAAGUGCGCAGUGAAAUAAUAUUUAACCCUGAUGACAUUCCUGAAUGGGGCAAGUUUCUGCUGGUGGGGGUGGCCGCUCUCUUCUUGAUGGUCAUCUUAUUGGUGGGCAUGUUGAUUGCACGCCGCAAACGUGAGCACAGCACUCUCUGGUUCCCCGAGGGCUUCUUCCUCAAGAAGGAAACAAGCAGUAACAAGAACCGCAGAGAACCCGUGGGCCAAGACUCCCUGGGCAUGAAGCACAUGCCAAAGACAGUGGAAGAAUCUUUACUUGGAGAUCACAGUGAUCAGUGGAUAGACACAGAUUGCCCAGAGGCAAAAAGACUUAAGGUGGAGCCCAGCAUUCUUUCACAUGGUGAAGAUGCGGUUGACAGCAGACAGUGGACACAACACCACUUGGCAGCAGCAGACAUCCGAAUGCCACCUUCAAUGGCUCUCACACCUCCACAGGGAGAGUUUGAUAGCGACUGCAUGGACGUCAAUGUUCGUGGCCCAGAUGGCUUCACACCCCUGAUGCUGGCAUCCUUCUGCGGAGGUGGGCUGGAGCCAGAGGUGACAGAAGAGGAAGACUCAGAAGAAUCCUCAGCCAACAUAAUAUCUGACCUCAUUUACCAGGGAGCGUCACUUGCUGCUCAGACUGACCGCACUGGAGAGACCGCUCUGCACCUCGCCGCACGCUAUGCCCGAGCUGAUGCAGCUAAAAGACUCCUUGAUGCCGGGGCUGAUGCAAACGCACAAGACAACACAGGCCGCACUCCUCUGCAUGCAUCUGUAGCAGCUGAUGCUCAGGGAGUUUUCCAGAUUCUGAUCAGGAACCGUGCCACAGACCUGGAUGCACGCAUGUACGAUGGCUCCACCGCUCUGAUCCUUGCAGCCCGUCUGGCAGUAGAGGGCAUGGUGGAAGAGUUGAUCACCUGCCAUGCUGAUGUCAAUGCUGUUGAUGAACUAGGAAAGUCGGCUUUGCACUGGGCAGCAGCAGUGAAUAAUGUUGAAGCUACAGUUGCCUUGUUGAAGAAUGGAGCCAAUAAAGAUAUGCAGGACCUGAAGGAGGAGACUCCACUGUUCUUGGCUGCCAGGGAAGGUAGUUGUGAGGCAGUGAAGGUUUUGUUAGCUCACUUCGCCAACCGAGAGAUUACGGAUCACAUGGACAGACUCCCUCGAGAUAUUGCGCAAGAUCGCAUGCACCAUGACAUAGUGCAGGUGCUGGAUGAAUAUAACACUGUGAGAAGCCCACAGGGCCACUCAGUGCCUGGUCACCACCUUUCUGGUGUCCAUACACUCUCACCACUCAUGUGCCCUCCCGGCAACUUCCUCCAAGGGCUGAAGAGCACCCCGCAGGGGAAGAAGAACCGUCGCCCGGGGGCUAAAGGCAUCGGCGGGCAGCAUGCAUCCGGAAUGAAAGAUUCUGCCAAAAGCCGCAACAAACGGCUGACACUAGACAUGCAGAGUGCUCUGCUGGAGAGCUCCGUCACACUGUCCCCUGUCGACUCACUGGAUUCACCACGUGGCGGCACCAGCAACGCCGGCUACGUCACCAAUCCGACCUCUCCGGCAGCUAUGCCCUCUCCUGGCCUUUUCCAUUCACACACAUCUAUGUCUGUGCCUAACACUCCCAUGGUGCACAGUAGUAUCAUGGAUGGUACCAGCCCAUUUGCUGUGUCGCUGGCUCAGCUGAGUGAUCUGGGUGACAGCGGACUUUCCAUGCAGGGUCGAGUGGCCAUGCAAGGGGGCGGCAUCAACCAGGGCCCCCACAACUACGUGCUGAAUGCAGGCCAGAUGAGCCUCAACAUGGGCAUGGUAAGUCCGGUAAGCGUGCCGUUUGACUGGCACAACCGCAUGCCACCGUCUUCUCAGUGCAGUCAGCCUAUGGUCAGCCUGGUGCAUCCAGUAAGCAGCCAAGCAGGCAUGCUCCCUCAGACACCUACCAUGCAACAAGCCGGCAUGCUCAUGCAUCAGCAGCAGGUGUUCCGUAAUGCCCAGCAGCCCAUACUGCAGCCAAAACCUGUCUCUAACACACCCUCAAUUAGCCCAGUCAAACUUCCCCCCAUUGCUGAGCAGCAGCAGCUUCACAGCCACACGCUCACCAACCCAAACCUCACCCGCAUGGGCUCCUCCACUCCCCCUACCCCGCAGCAGGCACAGCCACCUCCAGCCUUCUAUCAGCCUCCACAGGCCUCAUCAGCCCCUCAGGCCUCUCAAGCCCAAGCUUCCCCAUCUCAGGCACCGCCUGCACAGGCAAGCGGCAGCACCGCAGGCCCGGAGGACUACCCGACACCGCCUUCCCAGCACAGCUACAGCUCUGCCAUGGAUGCCACGCCCAAGCAUUACCUGCAUGUGCCCAGCGAACACCCUUACCUGACCCCUUCUCCAGAAUCUCCAGAACCCUGGUCAAGCCCCUCACCUCACUGUGUGUCUGAUUGGUCUGACUCCACCCCCAGCCCGGCAGUCACGGCGCCCGCCCAAACCCAGAUAUCCCACGCACAAGAGUCGAAUGGGAAGAUGCAGGUUUUUGCUUGAACAGCUCAUCCUACCUGAAACGUUUGGGACUUUUGGUAGAGUAGAGGAGAUGACUCGCUCUAGGGCUUAUUUUUUUACUUAUCCGUCAGCCCAUUUCCAAGAUUUUAAUUGGAUUAGGAUUGACUGUUGGUUCGCCAAGAAGACCGUCUGCUGGUGUCCGCAGAAAGAAAGUUAAAGGGAAAUUUGUGUUGUCUUAAAAAGAAAAGACAAUUUAAUGAAGUAAGACAUUCUGUCACAGAUGGACUUGUUUUUUUAAUUAUAAAGAAAAAGUAUAUGAAGAAGAAAACCACGUCUUUCAUUUCAAAGACUUGGGGACACUCCUGAAACUAACAAACUUUUUAAAAAGUAGAUUGAGAGAAAGGUGAAAUGUUGAAGGAAAUUCCUUUCUUUUUAUUUAUUGUCUUACGUUUUUUUCCAAACUGCCUUGUGGGUGUUUUCACCCUCUUUCUAUCUCUGUUUUCUUUUAGUGACCCCCAUAAAAAAUGCCUUACUACGCUCAGUCUGUUACGUGGGAGACAGUCAGAAUCAAUUAAUUUGACUGAUUGUCACAGAUGGAUGUCUCUCAGAUUUUAGUGAUAUUAUUUAUUUAGGCUAGCAUUCCAUGAAAAGAUUGGCUCAUGAAAAACGUAUAUAAACUGAUCGACAUGAGUAAAAUUUAAGUAAAGUGAUCUUAUACAUUUUUUUAAAAGUAUUUGUAUGAAUGUAGCACUUCAAGGGGAAAAACUUGAGAGCGAAAGAGACAGUAAGAAAAACCUGAAAUCCUAGUUUCAGCAUUCAGAGCGCCUCUACAAGCGCUUCUCAUAAACGGGCCAGUGUUUGGAAUGUUUUCAGUGUUUUGUUGUAUCAGUGGAAAUUAUUUUACUGAGAAUAUAGUUCCUUAAGUGACCUCACCGACUGGCCAACACGCCAGCCCUCCCGUCUCAGAUUCCCUCAGCAAAGGGUAUUUGCCCAGGGGUAAAUCUGCCAGUCACUGCCUUAUAGUCUUUCCUUGUGUAAAUGUGUUUUAUUUUUCUUUAAUCUUCUUUUUAUAACCACAUUUUUGGAGCCACAGUUGACUGUGGAACAUUGAUGUAUUAAGACAUGUUAUUAGACUGCUGCUCUACGUCACUCUUCUGGUGGCACCCAUUUCCUCUCCGCGAACAUUCCCGAUCGGUGCACUUGUGGAGCUGCUGACUGCUGCGGAACUGAUCUCACUAUGUUCCUGAUCUUUCACAAGCACUUCAUUUCAAUACUGAACAGCUGCAGGUCCUUACGAAGCCACGGUAGUCUGGUUGAUAUUCAAUGCCAUUUGAUCCCUCAGGUCCAGCAUUUCCAUGUGGUCUAAUCAUAUCCCAGCUCUUUGGGUUCGGGUAGUGAGCAUAUGUCCUCAGCUCUGUAUUGUGUACUGGGUACAAGGCUAAUGGGGUUGCUAAUGGUCUGCUAGUGCUCUGUCACUCCUCAGGGAGGUGUUAAAUAGCAUGCAAUGUUCUCUGCAUCUUUAGCAGUUCUCACCCCACUAGCCUAGACAAUGACAUCUGUCAUGUCUUCUCAGAAGGUAUUAAAGAGGGAAACGCUACUGUGUAGUGAUGCCCCAGGCUUUCUGAAACAUGUCCAUAUGUUCAUGUCUUAAAUUUUCCCAACUGUAAGACCUGCAUUUAAGGACACUUAAGCAGAUCAUAGGUCGCAUUGGUUCCAGAGGAACAAGCCCAUUUCACAAGACUGUGGCACAUAAAAAUUGCCACAUAUUUCUCUUUUUAAGGCACGCUUAGGAUGUAGUGUUCAUUUGUGCUAUGAAAUGUUCAAUCACCAUAUUUCAAGGCUUGGGAGGGUUCAUGUUAAGGACCUCUUUGUUUUUCUACAUGAGUACUAAGUUUAAGCUUAGCUAAUAUACUAUAAGUCUUCCUUUCAUCCAUAACCUUUCACUUGCCAGUGCUUCAGAUAUAUAUUUUUUUUAAUUCCAGUACCUUUCUGUAAAUAUGUUUGCCUUGUUUAGGUGUCCUUGUUUAUGAGAUGUCUUAUUUUCUAAAAUGAUUAUGUACUAAAAAGAACAAAAAGUAAAUGUACUUUUCUAUUAGCAUUAUUAAGGUGAGGAUGUGACUUUGUAUUGGUCUUGCAUUACUAGAACAGCCAUAGAUAUUUUCUAUCUUCAUUAUUAAUUUCCAAUACUUGUUUAAAAGUAGUUUAAAAUCAUUGUAUAUAAACAGUUUUUUCACAGUUUCUUUCUACAAAGUUGUAAAAUAUGUUACUUCUAAUAAAGCAGUAGGAACUACA